AUGUAUAAUAUCGCAAAGGGUGAGGAUUGGCCAACACUAGCUACGGCAACGCCUAAGGAGCGCACUUUCGAAACGGUUGUUGAACCUCUUCUAACCGAAGAAUAUGACGUGGAUUACGCUCUGCAGACACUUCUUCUCAAAAUGGUCACGGAUUGGCCAGAAUGUGACCGGAAAUUAUUUGAUGCUGACCUACAUCAUAUAAAAAUCAUGAGCGCACGCGACCACAUGGAAAAACUAUCCAAUACCGAUUUUCAGGACGCAAUUAAGCAACUCUACGAUGCAAAGGAAGGGCUGACAGAGUGGCAAUUACGGCUUCUUGAGUGGUACUUGCUUGAGAUUCGUGCAAGUGGGCUGGACAAAAGAGACGACAAAACGCGAAAAUUGAUAGGGUCAUGGAGCAGGUUCAUCGAUGAGUAUCGUAGCAAAUACAUUUCGAAUAUCAUGUCUACCAACGACCAACAUGUUUUCACCAUAACUGAUAAAGCAAUGUUGAAGGAUGCUCCACCACAUGUUCUGCAGACCCUUGCUGUUGAUCCAACGCAAUGGGAACAGGGGCCAUGGCGUGGCCGUAUGACUCCUUACUCCAUCUAUCCGUUCUUGGAGUAUUGUGGAAAUCGUCAAUUGAGAGCUGAAGCGUGGGAGAAGUGGAUCAGCAAGGCGUCGUUUGACCAUGAUUUCUACAACAACUCGGUGAAUGUUGAAGAGCUUAGACACAAUAAUGAAGGCCUUGCCAAAACGUUAGGCUACUCUUCAGUUGCGGAACAUCGACUGGCGAAUAAAAUGGCCGCUUCGCCGGACACCGUUCGAAAUUUCUUGAAUGCACUGAUUCGUCGAAUUCGUCCAGUGUUCAUUGACCGCAUGGAAUCAUGGACAGCUUUUGCUCAAGCCAAAGAACUAAUUAUCGACCCGUUGGAUCUGAUGAACCACUUUCCAUUUUGGCCAACUUUCAUCAAUCUGACGAAAAUUAUAGGGCAAAUAUUCGGACUGGAAUUUCACGACGUGACAGAUGGUGGGCUUGAGCGUGCCCAUCCUGAUGCGCGAAUAUUCUCUGUAGAUGACACAACUACAGGAAAGCAUCUUGGACGGCUUUACAUUGAUCCAUUUGACAGAGAGGCUAAACGUGGGAGAUGGAGUACGUUGCUUGGACGAAUGGAAUCAGAUGUUCGUGGUCUUGACAAGAUAGUUUAUCUUGUUGGAUCAGCCAUUGCACCAACGGAGACUUCACCAUCGCUCCUUCAUCACCAACAACUUCAGCAAUUGCUAUUUCAUGUUGGCCGUGCUGUCCAAAUGUUGCUCUCACAAGCUCCUUAUCGAGAUAUUGCAAUUCCAUGGGCCCCAUUUUAUGCUAGUGAUUGGGAUGCUGCUGAUGCCUUUCCAGCGUUUUUGCAGUUCUUCGUUUACAAGCCAACUUUACUCCAAUCUCUCAGUUCCGCACAUAUAGUAAACGGAUCGACAAUCUCUGACGAAUUAGCCAAUAAUAUUUGCCUCGCUUUAUCGCGGUCCACUCUUUGGGAGUCCUAUAGGUCGUUGUUCUGGGCUGAUUACGAUCUCACGAUAUUCGAAAUGGAGGAUAGGAAGCAGAAAUUCUGGCUGGAUUUAUAUCGAGAAAUGACGAAGGAGUAUUUCCCAUUCAAAAUUGGCAAAAAUGAUUAUCAGCCGUGCUCGUUCAUACCGAUAUUUGGUAUGCAACCUCAUAUGGGAAUGUAUUAUAGGAAACUGUGGACAGAGAUGCUAGCAUUAGACAUUCAUGAGACAUUUGACUUCGAGGACGAUGUCUCGAAAACUGGUGAACGGUUGAAAGCUGCUAUACUUUCACGAGGGUCGGGUGAUGUUGCGAAGGAGCUCUAUCGACGGUUUCAGGGACGAGAUCCUAGCGUUGGGGCUAUAUGUGACUUUUACGAUCCUCCGGCAUUCUAUCACUUAGAAAAGGAAGAAAAUUUAGUGGGUAUGUCCAAUGCAACGAGUACAGCAAGUGGAGGAGAUACGAAAGCGCCUGAAACAACAGUCGUUACUGAGGUGCCACCAAGCUUACACAGAGUGCUCUUAUUGAUGGUGAAGAACUUCUUCUCGAAGGAACAUUAUCUAGUUGUCUACUACAUAAUGAGAGCCGUGUGCAUUAGAGAGGAAAACCUGAGAAGCCGACUCAAUUUCGACCAGAAGCAGUUGAGGCAGCUCCUCGCUGGGUUGAAGAAUGAAAAGCUGGUGAAAGAUCGCUUACUGCAACAAAAGAAUGAAACCGGUAGAAACGUCUCCAUCAUUUUCUACUUUAUCAACUACCGCGCUAUUAUAAAUGUUCUUAAAUAUAAAAUUGAUCAUAUGAGGCAAAUGUUAGAGGCGAGGGAAAAGAAUGAGUUGCAAAAGGCGAACUACAAGUGUGAGCAGUGUGGUGCGCAGUACGAGGACAUGGACAUUGAUAGGAUAUUUGACCCACAAACAGGAACGUUGAAAUGUUGGCGAUGUCAAGGUGAAGUGACGCAAGAUAUCACGGGAGGACCUACUCAAGAACAUUAUCUAGUUGUCUACUACAUAAUGAGAGCCGUGUGCAUUAGAGAGGAAAACCUGAGAAGCCGACUCAAUUUCGACCAGAAGCAGUUGAGGCAGCUCCUCGCUGGGUUGAAGAAUGAAAAGCUGGUGAAAGAUCGCUUACUGCAACAAAAGAAUGAAACCGGUAGAAACGUCUCCAUCAUUUUCUACUUUAUCAACUACCGCGCUAUUAUAAAUGUUCUUAAAUAUAAAAUUGAUCAUAUGAGGCAAAUGUUAGAGGCGAGGGAAAAGAAUGAGUUGCAAAAGGCGAACUACAAGUGUGAGCAGUGUGGUGCGCAGUACGAGGACAUGGACAUUGAUAGGAUAUUUGACCCACAAACAGGAACGUUGAAAUGUUGGCGAUGUCAAGGUGAAGUGACGCAAGAUAUCACGGGAGGACCUACUCAAGUUACAAGGACGCUUCUAGCCCGGUUUAAUGAGCAAAUGCUCCCAUUAUUCGCAGCUAUUCGGGAACUGGCUGGCAUACAGCUGGCACCACAUCUUCUGGAACCGGAUAUAAAUCAAUACCUGGCUGAGGAAGAU